AGCCUCACGAGGGCGGGUCCCGCGGUGGAGGCGGGGAGAGGGAAGCACCCGAUCAAGCUCCAACCCCUACUGGGCCCCGAACCAGGAAGCGCUGGGGGGUAGAGAAGCACAGUUAAAACUGAAGACAGCAUGGUGGUGUCGUCGCUAAAGCUUCAGGACUUCAUCGAGGAGAUUCGCGGGGCUAAGACUCAGGCCCAGGAACGGGAGGUGAUCCAGAAGGAGAGCGCCCAUAUCCGGGCAUCCUUCCGUGAUGGGGACCCAGUGCAGAGGCACCGCCAGCUGGCCAAACUGCUCUACGUCCACAUGUUGGGCUACCCCGCCCACUUUGGACAGAUGGAGUGCCUGAAACUGAUUGCUUCCCCCCGAUUCAUAGACAAGAGGGUGGGCUACCUGGGGGCCAUGCUUCUGUUGGAUGAGAGGCACGAUGCCCACCUGCUCAUUACCAACAGCAUCAAGAAUGACCUGAGCCAGGGGGUUCAGCCAGUUCAAGGCCUGGCUCUGUGCACUCUGAGCACCAUGGGCUCUGCUGAGAUGUGCCGGGACCUGGCCACAGAGGUGGAGAAGCUGCUCUUACGGCCAGGCCCCUAUGUACGCAAAAAGGCUAUUCUGACUGCAGUGCACAUGAUUCGAAAAGUCCCUGAGCUCUCUGACAUCUUCCUUCCACCGUGUGCCAAACUGCUUCACGAGCGCCACCAUGGCAUCCUGCUGGGCACCAUCACGCUGAUCAUGGAGCUCUGCCAACGAAGCCCUGCAGCCCUCAGGCACUUUCGAAAGGUGGUACCCAAGCUGGUGCAGAUCCUCCGAACUCUGGUGACAACAGGAUACUCCACAGAGCACAGCAUAUCUGGAGUCAGUGACCCUUUUCUGCAGGUCCAGAUACUUCGUGUGCUUCGAAUCCUGGGCCGGAACCACGAGGAAAGCAGUGAGACCAUGAAUGAUUUGCUGGCCCAGGUGGCCACCAAUACAAACACCAGCCGAAAUGCCGGCAGCGCUGUCCUGUUUGAGACGGUACUCACCAUCAUGGACAUCCGUUCUGCAGCUGGUCUACGGGUUCUAGCUGUCAACAUUCUUGGCCACUUCCUGCUCAACAGUGAUAAGAACAUUAGGUAUGUGGCUCUGACCUCAUUGCUGAGGGUGGUACAGUCUGACCACAGUGCUGUGCAGCGACAUCGCCCCACCGUGGUGGAAUGUCUGCGAGAAACUGAUGCCUCCCUCAGCCGGCGGGCCCUGGAGCUGAGCCUGGCUCUGGUGAACAGCUCCAAUGUGCAAGCUAUGACACAGGAGCUGCAGGCCUUUCUGGAGUCCUGCCCACCGGAUCUUCGUGCGGACUGUGCCUCAGGCAUCCUGCUGGCCGCAGAGAGGUUUGCUCCAACCAAGCGGUGGCAUAUAGACACCAUCCUGCAUGUGCUGACAACGGCAGGUGCCUAUGUACGGGAUGAUGCAGUGGCCAACCUGACCCAACUGAUUGGAGGCGCCCAGGAGCUCCAUGCCUACUCUGUGCACCGCCUCUACCAUGCCCUGGCAGAGGACAUCUCUCAGCAACCGCUGGUGCAGGUGGCUGCCUGGUGCAUAGGGGAGUAUGGGGACUUCCUGCUGGAAAACUGUGAGGAAACUGAACCCCUUCAGGUAGAAGAGGAGGAGGUGGUGGCCCUACUGGAAAAGGUGCUGCAGUCCCACAUGUCCCUGCCAGCCACCCGCGGAUAUGCCCUCACAGCCCUCAUGAAGCUCAGCACCCGGCUCCAGGGGGACACCAACCGCAUCCGCCAGGUGGUGUCCAUCUACGGGAGCUGUCUGGACGUGGAGCUGCAGCAGCGGGCUGUGGAGUAUAACAUGCUCUUCCAGAAGUACGACCACAUGAGAGCUGCCAUCCUUGAAAAGAUGCCCCUUGUGGACCAUGGCAGCCGUGAGGCUGAUGAGAAAGCAAAGGAAAGCAGAGAAGCAGCGCAGCUUUCCAAAGCCAAGGGCCCUGUCCCCACAGAGCUCCAGACCUCAAAGCUCUUGGAUCUGCUAGAUCUCCUGGAUGACGCUUCUGGGGACACCCAGCAGCCAGCCCCUCCAAACCCCUCCCCAGAGGGUGGCUUAGUACACCUCCUCGAUCUCCCCUGUGCACCACCACCCCCAGGUAAACCUCAGCAAGGGGGCCAUGUGGUAGAGGAGGCUGGUGGGAAUGUGCUUUCCCCUUUGGAGCUGCAGACUGUGGCUCAGUGUUCCCUUCCUGUGCGUCCCGCCCCUAACCCAGAGCACCCCCUGUUGGUAGGUGAGGCUCAUUCAAUCACACCAGUCCCCUCUGUCCACUCUUGUCUUCCUUUGUUUGGACCUCCCCCCCGCCACCUCUGCAGGGCCCUGUUUCCUCCUUGGCCCUUCUCAUGCCACUCUCCCAGCGCCCACUCCACUGGCCCCUUAGUUACUCAAACCCUCCCACCCAGAGCCCUUGCAUUGCAUGUUUCAUUCUGUCUCCAUGAAAUGUCAGUUGCUCUCCCCUACUGUUCCUAUUUAAAGUAGUUCUUCCUAGUUAUGCUGGUCUCAUUUACUUCACUCACAGUACCCAUUACACCGAUUAUCUUUGUUUUUGCUUCUCCUACCCCACUAGGCUGUCAGCUUCAACUUUUUUUGUGUGUGUAUUUUUCUGGUACCGGGAAUCAAACUUACGACCUCACGCUUGCCAGGCAAGCGCUGUG